CCCUUGGCCCGCUGCCUUUUCCUGCUCUUCUGGCUCCUUUGCGUCUUUCUCUGCCGGCCCUUUUCACAACCUCAGUUCCUUCUUCCCUCGUAGCCGCCCCCUCCGCCUUAAAUCGCCGCGUGUUUCCAUGCGGCUGAUCGCUUGGGAAAUUCUUUCACCGCUUCCUCCCCCCCCCAAAAAAAACUCCGACUACUGGUGAAGGGGGCUGAUCUGCAAAGUUUCCUAAGCAUAUCCUUGCAGGUUCCAUAUCACCAGUCCUAUUUACGUUUAGGGCAGCCUGGAAAGCUAGGCAGGAGGGGGGGCAGGACAAGGAACCCGCCCAACCUGGAGAAGUGAGUGUGUGUGGUUAGAGGGUGUAGGGCUUCGUCCCUACACGGACACACACACACCGUUGGUUGCAAUAUCUAUCUGCCAUUUUGGCACCCUUGAUACUAGGAACUGUCCUGCACGCACACACACACACACACCCCUCAAAUCCGGAGGUGUACAGAAGUGUUCUGUUGCCCAGGCAAGAGACACUGCCCACGGCUGGCAUUCUGCCCCUGGCACUCCUUGGUGUCUCGUUUCCUAGGCACAACAGACUGGCAUGUGCUGCUGUGUGCCCUGCAGUGGCUCCCUCUGGCCUGGCAGCACUGGCUCCCUUCCAGGAAGUGGUGCUCAAGUAAGCUCGCUGCCUGCAACAGUCCAGAGUCUGUUCUAGCUGUCGCCGCAGCAGUCAGGUCCUGGGCUCUAGGCAACUGAGAUCUGUUGAAAGCUCCUCCUAAAGUAGGUAUAGCUUCUAGCACGUGCCAGUGAUACCAGAUUUAGGCAGCAUUUUCAUGGUUUGAGUGGUUGAGGCCUGUUUGUGCUGGUUAGGAAGCUAGGACUUCAAGGUAUUGCCUAGAGUUCAGCGGCAGUGGCUAAGGGGAUGACUGGAGGUCUGAAAAACAAAAACAAAAUCCUUCAGCCACGAUUCUGUGCUUCUGGCACUGUACAGACCCCUCAGAGUUUCUGCUCUACAAGGCAGAAGCACAUUGCGGAAGGGACCUGUCCAAGGUCAGUGGGGCAAACCAGGUCCACCUACAAACCCAGCAGGAAGUGAAGUUACGCAUGACAGGCAUGGCCCUGCGUGUGAUUCACAACAACGGCUUUCUGGCACUCUACAAUGGGCUCAGCGCCUCCCUCUGUCGACAGAUGACAUACUCGCUCACCCGCUUUGCCAUCUAUGAGACUGUGCGGGACCGCUUGAGCCAGGGUGCCCAGGGGCCAAUGCCCUUCUACCAGAAGGUGCUGCUAGGCGCAGUAGGAGGUUUCACUGGUGGGUUCGUGGGGACCCCAGCUGACAUGGUGAAUGUCAGGAUGCAGAAUGAUGUGAAGCAGGCAGCACAUCUGCGGCGCAACUACUCACAUGCUCUGGAUGGCUUGUAUCGGGUGCUUCGUGAAGAGGGUGUGAAGAAAUUGUUUACAGGGGCAACAAUGGCAUCAAGUCGAGGAGCCUUGGUUACCGUUGGACAGCUCUCCUGCUACGACCAGGCUAAGCAGUUGGUUCUUGGGACUGGUGUGCUCUCCGAUAAUAUUCUUACCCAUUUCUUGGCCAGCUUUAUUGCUGGAGGAUGUGCCACAUUCUUGUGUCAGCCCUUGGAUGUACUAAAGACGCGCCUUAUGAAUUCCCAGGGGGAGUAUCGGGGUGUCAUGCACUGUGCGAUGGAGACUGCCAAGCUUGGGCCAUUGGCUUUUUAUAAGGGACUUGUUCCUGCUGGCAUCCGCUUGGUCCCUCAUACGGUGCUCACCUUUGUCUUCCUGGAGCAGCUACGCAAAUACUUCGGGAUGAAAGUAUUGGCCUGAGGGAGAAAAGGGCUGCUUAGAGACAAAAUAAGAUGGGGGAAUGCGGGGAGAGGCUGGACGCUAGGGGCCCUCAGUGCCCAAGCAUCACACGUGAUUCCUUGUCAAUGUGCAAGAGUCUUACAGCACCCUUUUUAAUGCCAUGGCACCAGCUGACCUCUCACCGAACGCCCCCUUUCAGUGCCUGACAGUCUCUCACUACUACUAGCCCUAACCUUUAACUGUGUUUGGUGCCUAAUGGUAAAACAGGCAGCCAAUCGGAACUUUCUCCUUCAGUGCCCAGUAGCAAUGAGUGGCCAAUCCCCACAAUGUCUUUCUCCUGUGCCCAGCAGUCCAUUUCUGCCUCCAUUCCUUGCCUGUUAGCAAUGCCACUGCAGUGCAGUGUGCCUGCUGAUCCCGUAGCAUUCCCUUCUCAAUGCCCAGCCAUUCCUCAAUACCCUUGUUUUCACAGCCAGCAUUCUGACAAGGCCUCUGCUUUAUUUCCUACCAAAAUGCUUGUCACCAGGGCUCCUGCAAAACAGUAGUGCUCCUCUUUUGUGCCAUGAGCAGUAACUUCCCUCACCUAACAUACCAUCUCCUUUCUCCAUCCUCCCAGUCUCCUUCAUAGGGUGUUGUUGUUGUUUUGGGGGGGGGGACACUGUGACCUUUUCCCUGUCACCUUGCCACACCAGGCACAACUUCCUCCCCUGCUGUUCUGGAGCAGAAGCAUGUCUAUAUCCAUGUCAGAAGCAGAGUCUUAAAAAUAAUGUUCUCUGUUUUAAAAUGUUUACAUAAGGAGUGCAGUGAGCUGGAGAGGGGUUCUGGGGGCCACUGACAGCAACACAUCAGGCAGAGAUCCCUGAUCCUUCUUGCCCUUCAGGGUCCUGAAUUUUUAAAUGUUUUAGAGAAAACAAGGUUUCUCUCACUGUACCCAGCCUGCUCCCUUUUUCCUACCUCACUCUCCUCUUACCCUCAGGUCUACAGUCUGAGGCAGAGACGGUCCCUUACAUUUACUGUGACUGGUAGUAAAAAAAAUAGUAGUAGCAGCAGCACAGGGCAAGCUGCACUCCAAUCCACAGCCAGCCUAGCAAGUCUUACCUCCUUCAUUUUGCCUCUUGCUUUAACCUUCAGACCUUGCUCAGCCAAAGCCUCCUGGAACCAAAGGGCCUCAUGUUGUGUGUGUGUGGGGCUCACAUCAAGGACAGCAGAGAGAAGGCUUCUGAGGUACUCCUAAGUAGCAAGAGCCAAGUCAGCUCAACCAGAGGGAGAGAACUUUUUAAUUCCUGCUCAAGUAUCCAAAGCAAGCAGGCCUCCUUGCAUUCAGUGGUGGGAGGGGAGGAAGGGGGCUGUAGGAAUAAGUGGGCAAGGCCCUGUUUCGUACCUGGAAUUGUUGUCCUCAGCCCAGCAUGGGAUAAUGUGGUCCAGGGUAGAGGGCCCUCUAUUUACUAGAGUUACUUUAGGAUAGGUGUUAAAGGGAGGCUUGUGUGCCUCCCAGCUGCCAAGCUUUCCCUACUCCCUGCCCAAUUUCUGCCCUGGCAGUUCCUCUGAGCCUUUUGGCAGCUUUGGGGGAAGCCUAGAAGGCUGUGGAGUCUCUCCAGGUUGCCUUGCUUUACUGUGAUGUUGUCAAGGCCCUGUCUUGUAGCACUGAUGUCUCUGGAUUCGGCCCACCCAGAACCACACCUAAUAAAAUGAUUGUGGUGUCUGCUGUUUGUCCCUACUUUGCUGCUGGUUCUGUGUUGCCCGUCUGCUCACCCAGCAGCAUAUGGAAAGGCUGCCCACCACCACCAUGUGUGAAGCGUCAUUCCAGAGUCACUCUACAGGGUCGAAGAACCAGAGCGAAUAAAUCAGCACUUUUGUAAUCAUGACAAUAAAGUAAAUUGUGACAA